UUCAUUUGCAUACGAGCUCUAUAAGUAGCGCAUAACCAGCCGCGCUGCAACACUCCGUUCUCUCUUCGUCCAUUUUGCGGUGAGUCUUUGAACGCGGAGGAAAAUGCCGGAUCCGGCGAAAUCUGCUCCUGCUCCCAAGAAGGGCUCGAAGAAAGCCGUCACCAAAGUACAGAAGAAGGACGGCAAGAAGCGCAAGCGCAGCCGUAAGGAGAGCUAUUCCGUCUACGUGUACAAGGUACUGAAGCAAGUGCACCCGGACACUGGCAUCUCGUCCAAGGCCAUGGGCAUCAUGAACUCCUUCGUGAACGAUAUUUUCGAGCGCAUCGCGGGCGAGGCUUCCCGCCUGGCGCAUUACAACAAGCGCUCCACCAUCACGUCCCGGGAGAUCCAGACGGCCGUGCGCCUGCUGCUGCCCGGGGAACUGGCAAAGCACGCCGUGUCCGAGGGCACCAAGGCGGUCACCAAGUACACCAGCUCCAAGUAAAGCGCAGCCAAGACGUGAUUGAUCGACUUUACCCCAAAGGCUCUUUUCAGAGCCACUUCAGCUCUCCAAGAAAGAGCUGUAACCACUAAUACCUAUGAUCUCUUGCUUAGGUAAGAUGGGGCGGUGACUGUCUCCCUGCGGGGCUGUGGUGCAAUACCGAGCGUUUCAAAUAAUCUUGGGCGGGCAGGGCGCGGCAGAGCCUGGCGCGUCACGUACAUGAUGAGAGAUAAGUCUGCACUCUCCGCCACUUAGCUGUUAGAUAUUGUUGCUGUAGUCUGAGCCGACCUCAAGUUAACCUUACCAUUUCCUGUGACUUCAAGCUGCAAUUAAUCCCCCGCUGCCUUGGGGCAUCCGGAAAUCAUUAGAUCUGCCUAGCGCAUGAUGUGGGGGCAGUCACUGGCAUCAGGCUGUUGUGUACCCAAUGCUGAGCAGGAUGGUCUUCAGGAACUCCGAUAAAAUGCUCCUAAUUCAUCAAACUGGAUCUUUCCAGUUGAGGUUAUUAUGGAUUGCAUGGUAAGGACUGAAUAUCCCAUAGACUUUAAGUUAUAAGCAUGUAUGAAAUUAAAGUGUUUGUAGUCUC